GCUUUAAACAAAAUAUUCAUUAGUUACCCUAGAUUUCUCUCCGCGGUACAUAUUCUCUGUUAUGCUGAGCUGCCAAGUGGCGUGGUACUACUGGUCUUUAAAAACUUUAUUUGGAAUGCCAGUGACAGGAUCUUUUCCUUAAUGAGUAUUAAACGUAACGGUAACGAAGCGGCUGAAUUCAAACAAUGAGAGUAGCGCACAUUUGAAUUUGAAAUCUGUAACGGCCAAAUGAGCUGUUGUACUAGUACCUAGUGGCCUUCUUCUUUUUCUGUAAUCUUCUUCUCGGCUCCCCAGACACUCACAGAGCUAAGCUAAAGCUCUAUCUCACUCUCACUCUACCUCUUGCACACACAUCACGUGCACCUGACGCGCACACACUAUGGCUUCUCUGACUCAAGGUAUCCUCCUGAAGCUCCUUCAGUCCAUGAACUCCAACGUCCGAGUCACCGGCGACCACCGCUCCGCUCUUCUACAAGUCAUCGGCAUCGUGCCAGGUCUCGCCGGUUCUGAUCUCUGGCCCAACCAUGGAUUUUACGUCCAGCUCUCCGACUCCCUCAACUCCACCUACGUUUGCCUCUCCGACCGAGACUACGAUCUCAUCCUCACAAACCGAUUGCAGCUCGGCCAGUUCGUCUACGUCGACCGGUUCGAAUUCGAUUCGCCGUUCCCACGGGUCUGUGGUAUUCGUCCGAUUGCUGGACGCCACUCGUUUGUUGGAAGUCCUGAACCACUGAUUGCCCGAAUUUCUGCUUCCAAGAGGGAAUUCGUGAUUCAACCCGUCUCCGAUUCGGACCAGUCCGUGGAUCCGAUUGCGGCUUACUUAUCUAGCAAGAAGCCUGAGGAAGCUCGGAGCGAGAAUAGGGAAUGGAAGAUUGAAUCCAAACCCGAAAAAGGCAGAGCAAGUUCAAGGCAGCCUCUUGCGCCACGAGAUAAUAUUAAUAUACCAGUUGGCAAUUCUGAUGAAACCAAGGUCUCUGAUAGGCCUUCGAGGUUUUCGUCUCCUGCUGGUGCUAAGAGAUCAGCAUCGAUCGGGAAGAAGAAUGUAGCUGCAGCGGAAAGAGAUCCAUCACCUGCUGGAAAAGGAAAAAGAUCAGUAUCUCCGGCACCUUCGAAAUGCGCGGUUCCGAGUUUAGUGGCAGCUCGUGAAGAGAAUAGGAAGAAUUCUAAGGAACCUGCCAUUAUCGUGCCAUCGAGGUACCGACAGCCGUCACCGAACGGCCGUAAGCAGGCUUCGCCGGCACGAAGAGCUUCUCUUUCUCCGGGCAGAAGGUUGUCCGGAGUGAGGGUUUCGCCCAUGGUAACAGGUGUUGCAGAUUCUGCUGGCAAGAAGAAGAUGGCAACUAUUGCUGCUGGGAUUUCGAAGGUUUCGGAAGCCAUUGUUGGGUCAGCUAAGAUAGUUAGGAAGAGCUGGGAUGAGCAACCAGCAGUGCCAGCUGCAUCUGUGGAGCAAAAAGAGAAGACUGUUUCCAAAAAUAAACCAGAUCUGCAAGCGAUUUUGCGUACCCAGGCUGCCAUUUCAAGGCGUUUGAGUGAUGCAAAUGGCCGCAAACCCAAUAGUGAUGAUUCGUCAAGCCAUGAGAAAACAAAAUCUAGCUCACCGGGAGGUUGUCUUAUCCUAGAGAAACCAAGCAGUGCAGCUCUAGGUAUCACUGUUCAUGAAAAGAAAUGGACCGAUGGUAGUGUUAAACUGGAUGCAGUCUCUGCGGACCUUGCCAGACUUGGAAAGGAGGCAAUGCAAAGGAAGGUUCUUGCUUCGAGGGCUGCGGCUGAAGCACUGGAGGAGGCCAUUGCUACAGAGUCUGUUAUAAGGAGUUUAAGCAUGUUUUCAGAACUCUCUUCCUCUUCCAAGGUUGGGAAUCCUUUACCCACCAUUGACAGCUUCUUUUCAAUCUACGAUGAUGUUAUGAGAUCAACUGUGAAUGCCGAAUCAGUUGCCAAUAGCCGCCAUUCUGAAGCACCUCACCUUGAUACACCAACUGAGGAAUCAAGGUCAGUAUCCUUGUGGGUGGAAGCUGCCUUGGCUACCGAUCUUGAAAUAGUUUCCCUCAUAACAAGCCAAGAGAAUGGGGCUUCAUCAACACUGCAGAAAAGUUUGUCAAAACGACAAUCAUUCAGUCCACUCUCCCAAAACAACGUGAAGCCUUGUUCUCCAUUGCCACAAUCCAAUAUUUCUCAUGCUGGGGCAUGGACAAGGGGUCAUGGCAUGCAAAACACGGUUGAGCUUGGAAAUCAGUUGCAAUCCGAGAUGAAAAUGUGGUUUCUUUGGUUUGUUGAGGAGGCCCUGGAUGCUGGUUUUCGGGUGUUUGGCGAGUGUGCUACUGAUGGAGGGAAAUUACCUCUGGACAGUAGCUCCAUUACAGCAGUUUUAUCGCAAUUGAAACGAGUUAAUGAGUGGUUGGAUCGAGUGGUUUCCAGAAGCGAUGAACCUCUCCUCCAAAAGGUUGAUCAGCUAAAGAGAAAGAUCUACGGUUUCGUUAUUCAACAUGUUGGGACAACUUUUGAUAACCCCAUCAACCUUGCUUCAUCUUGAUUUUCGUUUCUUUUUCUUGUUUCUUUUUCUUCUUUGUUUGAAUUUGUUAUUCUGAGUAAGAUUAUGCUUCCUAAUAUAACAGCUUGCAUCAUGUUUCAUGGAAAAUGAUGGUUUUUCGUGUAAAAAUUCAGGUGCACAAGCCUUUUAUGAGAUUGAUUCUUGGGAAUGUUUUAUUUUUUA